AAAAAAGUUUAGAGGUAAGAACAUAUAAAUGGAGGUUUGGUUAUUAUGAUUGGGAAACAAUUAGGGAAUUGUAUAGUUAAUAGUUAAUAGUUAAUAGUUAAUAGAAGGUUGGGCAAGUCUGAAGGAGCUUUUGUUGUUGUCUACAUUCUAUAUAUAGAUAUCAAUAAAAAUACUUAAAUUAAAUCACAAAUUAAACCUCUCACCAAAAACAGAAACCUUUCAUUCUUCUCUUCCAAUUUCACCUUCUCCUUCUUUCUCCUUCUCCUCCCAUGGAUCCAUCCUCUCCCAUCAUAACUUCCUAACCAAAAACCUUCCUCCUAAUGCCUCUGUUCUUCAUAAUUAUUCAUUUAAGUUGAUCGUCAUUCUCUCUUCCAAACACCAAAUUCUUCCAUCCCCAUUUCUCUUUUGUUUUUCUUUUUGUUUUUGUUUUUGUUUUUUUCUUUCUCCUUUCUUGCCAUGGCAGAUCAUUCAACAACACGUUCACACACAACAACAACGGAUUUAUACAGAAUCCUUGGAAUGCCAGUCAAAGAUCUCUGCAAAGGAUUCAUGAAAUGGCAUCCUUCUGUGAAGAGCCCUAAGAGCUUAACGUCCAUCAAAGAACCUAACAAGUCCAAUGGUAAAAACGAGGCGUACAUAAUCAGCUCUCCGACCACGCCAUUAGGCUCGAACCAGCAUCAGAGCGUAGACGAGAGUUUCUUCGCAAACAUAUCGAGGACAAUCUCCAGAAGCAGUAGCCGGAGAAGCAAGACGCCGACGCCAAGUCCGAUAUCAUUGUCGAGAAAUACGAGCCGUCGGAGCACGACGCCAAGCCCACGGUCGUUGUCGAGAAAUACGAGCCGUAGGAGCACGACCCCGACCUCAUUAAUGAGAGAUGAAAAACGAAGGAGCAAUUCAGAUUCUGAAUUUCUAGGGGAACCAAUAUCGAGAAAUUUCGGUAGAAGAACAGACGUACCGGAAUCAAACGAAGAAGCCCUACGGCGGAUUUCUUCAGAGGCUAGCUACAUUGGAUCGCUUUCGAGAAAUACGAGCAGAAGAAGCCCUAAGAGUACUCCAAUCAUAUACUCGCAAUCGACGGCGCUGAAGAAACCACCUCCGGUAGAGAAGAAACUGGAAUGCACGUUGGAAGAAUUGUGCGAAGGAUGCAUUAAGAAGAUUAUGAUCACAAGGGACGCCAUUGUUAAUGGGAUAAUUGUACAAGAAGAGGAGUUGUUGAGAAUAGAGGUAAAGCCAGGAUGGAAAAAAGGAACAAAGAUCACAUUUGAAGGAAAAGGAGAUGAGAAACCAGGUUUCCUCCCAGCCGACAUAACGUUUUCGAUCGAUGAGAGAAGGCAUCCGUUGUUCAGUCGAGACGGCGACGACUUAGACUUAGGAGUUGAGAUUCCUUUAGUGAAUGCACUAACCGGUUGUUCAAUCACAGUACCUUUGUUAGGAGGUGAAAAAAUGAGUCUCUCAUUUGAUAACAUCAUAUAUCCAGGCUUUCAAAAAGCUAUCAAAGGCCAAGGGAUGCCUAACCCAAAGCAACAAGGAAUUAGAGGUGACCUUCGCAUUCAAUUCCUUGUCAAUUUUCCCUCUCAGUUGACUCAACAACAAAGAUCUGAAGCUGCUACCAUCUUGCAAGAUUGUUGUUCUUGAUCUUUCCCUUUCAAACCGAUAAACCGAUCCAUCUCCAUGUUUUUGGAAUAAGAGAGUUCAUUCAAGGGGAAUAAUAUUGGUGAUCAUUCUAUGAUCUCUCAAGAAAUUCAUUUCUUGGUUUAUAAUGGCACAAGAAAAAGCAGGUUGGUGAUCAAAAUGAUGAAAAUGAAAGCAUUCACUUCAAAGGCUCUACUCCCAUUGAAGUUCUUGUGAUUGGAACUCUUGUAUUGGUUGGUUGGUUGGGCAGAGAAUAGAAUGUUAUGAAGUGAUUUUAAUUUUUAUCCGUUUUUAAAUUCAGUGAGAAAAUGUUUUUAAUCAUUAAAAUCAAUUUUGAAAGUUUGGAAAAUGUGUUAUUAGAAGUAAACAUUGAAGUUAAGAUCACUCCAAAAUAUGAACCAAAAAAAUCCAAGAAUAUCCAAAGGAUGUUAGGCAUUGUGAAGGCAAA